CUGCACCGCUGCUCGACCGCCAGACUGACUUUACCGGCGCUGCCGAGUCGACUGCCUCGCACUGUUUAGGGCUCGGAACAUCUUCCGCUAUCCUGAACGAAUGGGAGCCGCGGCAAUGCUAAUAAGAAUGGACAGACGAUCAAAGGCGAGCCCUAGCGCUGCGGUAUCCCUUCAUCCGUGCAGCCAGAGGCAAAGUGAAGUAAACAAAGCGAAGUGAAGCAAUUUGAAGUGAAGUAAAGCAAAGCAGAGAAAAAAAAAAAUAACAAUGGCAGAGACACGGGUGCUGGAGAAUGCCAUUCCCAUUCAUCUCCAAACCACGCGUACAAUUCCCGCCAAGACGCCCGCGAAUUACAUGCCACCUUUUCCAGCGUAUACCGCACGAUUUCCCAAAGAAGCGAAAGAUCUGGUCAUGGCCAUUAUCGGCGUUCAGCACGAGACUCCCAUCGACCCUCAAGGAACGGAUUAUCAGAAACUGGUCGAUUUUGUGGCAAACUCGCCCGAGAGCUCCAGACCGAAGUACUGGGAAGCAGCUGCAGUCACCGAUAAUCGCGGGUUCCAAAACGAAGUCGUAAUUCCCUACUGGCAAAACAAGGCCGACUACGAUCGUUGGAGAUUAGACAGUGGGUUUGCAAAGUGGUGGGCAGAUUUGCAAGUCACUCCCGAUCGUGGUUGGUUUCUGGAAGUCUUCUUGCCGUCGAUGGAUCGCUUCGAGACGGUCUUUUCGGAUAACGCUGUCCCCGAGGGAGCUGCGAAUAUGCGCGUGGGUGUCUCGGGAGAGAUGCAGCAGCAUGUCUACUGGGGAUCCAUGAGAGACCGCAUGGCCGCCGCUCAAACCGACCCUCUGAUCGGAGAAAAGGCCUUCCCCAACAACAACAACUCUUCCUCCUCUCCCGAACUCGCGGACAAGAAGCAGAAAAUCGUCGACACCCGAAGCCAACGCAUCCACAUCCCCGGUCGUCCCAACCUCGCCAUGAUCCGCAGCGGCCAAGACUGGUCCAACACCACCCCUCACGAAAGAAGCCUCUACCUCGACACCAUGCAUCCCGUACUCACCAAAGGCAUGACAUUUCUCCGCGACCACGGAUCCGAAGUCGGUUGUAUCAGUAAUCGAUUCAUGACUUGUACUCUUAAAAAUCCAUCAUCAUCAAUAACAACCCCUCAUAACAACACCACCACCACUACAACUACAACUACAUGUACGACAACAACAACAACAACAACAACAACAACAGACCGAACAUUCGGCCUCGCCUACUUUGACGAUCUCACAUCUCUCGAAGGCUGGAGUAAACAACAUCGUACACACUUGGACAUUUUUGCGAGAUUUUUGUCUUAUGCGGCCGAGUUGCAGAAUCAGGUGUCGUUGAGAUUGUUUCAUGAGGUCAUGGUGUUGAAGCCUGAACAGCAGUUUUUUGAAUAUGUGGGUUGUCAUGAUGGGACGGGGAUGUUGAGGUCGUUUUUGUAGGGUAGACGGGUAGAAGGGUCAUUGUAUGUGUAUACCUGGUACCUAUGUAGGUAGAGGUAGGUAGGUAGGUUGGGAUAAGGAAGGGAAGGGAAGAAAUAUGAGGGAGGUACUCACUACCUAUUGAUUCAUUUAUUCGUCG